AUGGGAGAUCCUGCAGUCACCACUCUCCCUCAAGCGGAGAAGAAGUUCAAGACCGAGCUCACGGACUAUUCUGUCCGCCGUGAGGACGGCAAAUGGCCGUACGGUGACAUCGAUGUCGACGCACUGAUCGUCGGAGCGGGAUUCAGCGGCGUUUUUAUGCUCAAAACACUCCGAGACCGCGGGCUCAAGGCCGUCAUCUUCGAAGCCGGCAACGACACCGGUGGAACCUGGAGGUGGAACUGUUACCCUGGUGCUCGGGUCGACUCGGCUGUUCCAGAGUACGAAUUCUCUUGGCCUGAGGUAUACAACACAUGGAACUGGUCAACCAACUAUCCUGAUUUCAAGGAGCUGCGAGCAUACUUCGACCAUGUUGACAAGGUGAUCGACGUGAAAAAGGACUGCUCUUUCAACACUGUGGUGACAAGUGGCAAUUUCGACACGGCAGAAGGCAAAUGGAUCGUGAAAACAGCAGAUGGCCGGACAAGCAAAGCAAAGUUCUUCAUCCUGGGGACUGGAUUUGCUGCAAAGCGUUAUAUCCCCGACUGGCCCGGCAUUGACAAGUUCCAAGGAAUCGUCCACCACUCUUCCUUCUGGCCCGAUGAUGAGAUUGACGUCCGCGGCAAGCGGUGUGCCGUCAUCGGCACCGGCGCUUCGGGGGUUCAGAUAUCUCAAGAAUGGGGCCCAAUCGCUGGCUCCGUGAAAGUCUUCCAGCGGACACCCAACCUGGCGAUCCCCAUGGGCAAGAAACCUCUCACGGUUGAAGAGCAGACGAACUCGAAGCAGUGGUAUCAUCGCUUCUUCGAGAUGCGCGAGAGGACCUUUGGGGGGUUCCUGUACAACUUCUCUGAGAAGGGUACCUUCGAGGACUCCCCUGAGGAGCGGGAGAAGUUCUACCAGUCGCUUUUUGACCACGGAGGUUUUGUUUUCUGGCUGGCCAACUACAAAGAUUACAUCACGAACGCCGAAGCCAAUACCGAGGCGUACAACUUCUGGGCCAAGACGGUACGAAGUAGGAUCGGUGACCCGAGGAAGCGGGAUCUCCUGGCGCCGCUCAAGAUGCCGCACUAUUUCGGCAUCAAGAGGCCCUGCCUGGAGCAGAACUACUAUGAGCAGUUCAACAGGGAGAGCGUGGACGUCAUCGACAUCUCGAAGAAUGGGGUCAAGGAGUUCGAUGAGACUGGGGUCACUCUCGAGGACGGGUCGCAUUACGAGUUCGAUGUGAUCGCCAUUGCUACCGGCUUCGAUAUCACGACCGGCGGGAUGACCCAGAUGGGGCUAAAGUCCAUUGAAUCCUCCGAGCUUGAGUCAGAAUGGAAAGCAGCCGCCAACACUUACCUUGGACUCACUGUAUCCGGAUAUCCCAAUAUGUUCCACAUGUAUGGGCCUCAUGGACCAACUCUGUUGUCCAAUGGUCCCGCCACCGUCGAGGUCCAAGGCCGUUGGAUAGCGGACGCCAUCGUCAAGAUUAAGCGAGAGGGCGUCAAGUACAUCAACGCCACAAAGGAUGCGACCAAGGCAUGGAAGAAUCACAUCAACGAGCUGAGUGAUGCGACGCUGUUCCCAACGACGCGCAGUACAUAUAUGGGGGGCAGUGUACCAGGCAAAGCCUUCGAGCAGGUCAAUUACGCUGGCGGAAUCCCGGCGUAUAGGGUUGAGAUCCGGGAGGCUCUCCCGGAUUGGAAGGGCUUUGAGGUGGUCAAGGAGGAUGGCGCAACAACAAAUGGGACGACGAAAGUGUAG